CUGCCGGUCCCGGGCCGGGCCACCGGGCAACCGGGGGGCCCGGCCACCGGCCCACCGCCUCUGGACCCCUCCGUGCUCAUCGCCCUGCUGGCCCGCAACGCCGCCCACUCGCUGCCGCACUUUCUGGGCGCCCUGGACCGGCUGGACUACCCCAAGGGCCGCCUCGCCCUCUGGUGCGCUACGGACCACAACGAGGACAACACGACGCAGAUGCUGCAGGAGUGGCUGGCGGCCGUGGGCAAGGACUAUGCCUCAGUGACGUGGCGUCCCCAAGGCGAGCCUAGGUUGUACCCGGAGGAGGAAGGCCCUAAACACUGGACCAGGGAGCGCUACCAAUUCCUCAUGGAGCUGAGGCAGGAGGCCCUGGACUUUGCUCGGGCUUGGGGGGCUGACUAUAUCUUGUUUGCCGACACGGACAACAUCUUGACCAACAACCAGACGCUGCGCUUCCUGGUGGAGGAAGGGCGGUCGGUGGUGGCCCCCAUGCUGGACUCCCAGACCUUCUAUUCCAACUUCUGGUGCGGGAUCACCCCCCAGGGGUAUUACCGACGCACGGUGGAAUAUUUUCCCACCAAGAAGCGGCAGCGGCUGGGCUGUUUCUCAGUCCCCAUGGUCCACUCCACUUUCCUGCUGGCUCUCCACGGGGAGGGGGCCGCCCGGCUUGCCUUCUACCCCCCCCACCCCAACUACACCUGGCCGUUCGAUGACAUCAUCGUCUUUGCGUUCUCCUGCCAGGCUGCAGGUGUCUCCAUCCACGUCUGCAACCAGCAGCGCUUCGGCUACAUGAACGUGCCCGCCCAGCCCCACCAGAGUCUGGAGGACGACAGGGUCAACUUUAUCCACCUGGUCCUGGAGGCCAUGGUGGAUGGCCCCCCCAUGCAGCCUUCAGUCCACGUGUCCCUGCCCCCCAAGAAGCCUAGCCAGAUGGGAUUCGAUGAGGUGUUUGUCAUCAACCUGGCCCGCCGUCCAGACCGAAGGGAGCGGAUGCUGAACUCACUGCACGAGUUGGAGAUUGCGGGGAGAGUGGUGGAGGCCGUGGACGGCAGUGCCCUCAACAGCAGCACCAUCAAGAGUCUAGGUGUGGAUCUGCUCACUGGCUACUAUGACCCUUAUUCCGGCCGCACGCUGACCAAGGGGGAGGUGGGCUGCUUCCUAAGCCACCAUGCUGUUUGGGAGGAGGUGGCAGCUCGGGGCCUGGGGCAGGUUGUGGUGCUCGAGGACGACGUGCGCUUCGAGGCGAACUUCAAGCGUCGACUGGAACGGCUACUGGUGGAGGUGGAGGCCGAGCAGCUGGAGUGGGACCUGAUCUACUUGGGGCGGAAGCAGGUGACGUCGGAGGAAGAGGAGGCCGUGGCAGGCGUCCACAACCUGGUGGUGGCCCACUAUUCCUAUUGGACCCUGGCCUACGCCCUGUCGCUUAGUGGGGCCCGCAAGCUGCUGGCAGCCCAGCCCCUCGGCAGGAUGCUACCUGUGGACGAGUUCCUGCCCAUCAUGUAUGACAGACACCCAAACGAGGAUUACAAGCAACAUUUCAGUCCCCGGGACCUGCGGGCCUUCGCCAUGCACCCUAGUCUGGCCUUUCCCACGCACUAUACCGGGGACGCCCAGUGGCUCAGCGACACGGAGACCUCCACCAUCUGGGACGACGACACCAGGGCCACGGGCUGGAGCGGCUCCCAGAAGACCCUGAAGGACACCCGGCUCGAUGGCGGGGGCAGCAGCGGGCACAGCCUGCGCCCUACCUCCCGGGACGAGCUGUAACCCCGGGAGCCGAGGGCCGG